GUGGGUGUAAAAAUCUUAGAUGGGAAAAUAGAGAGGCUUCGGACCAAAAUCCAAAACCUCUUUCGCAUAGAUUUUACCCUUCAACGCUAUCCUCAUUCAUCUUCUACGCUCCAGCUGGCAGUGGAGAUGGCCAUGGCCACUGUAAAUCAAGUCCAUUUUCCAUCAAACGCAAGGCCGAUCACUAGCAAUUUCAUGGCUGGUUCUGUUUCAGCUCUUGGUUUCGCUUUGCUCGGCACUUGUAAAUGUCCAGCUCUUACAGACUCCAAGCGCGGUCGAAGUUGUGUCACGUUUGCUUCGGUGGCGCCGGUCGAGGAGAAUACUGAAACAAAGACUGCCGUGAUCAGAAUUGGCACCAGGGGCAGUUGCUCUGAUUUCGAGUUCAUGUGCGUUUUGAAUGGCCAUGUUAUGGACAGCCCACUUGCUCUCGCACAAGCUUAUGAAACCCGAGAUAAACUGAUUAGUUCACAUCCGGAGCUAACCGAGGAUGGGGCUAUCCAAAUCGUGGUCAUUAAGACAACUGGCGACAAAAUCGUGAGUCAGCCGCUGGCGGAUAUUGGCGGGAAGGGUCUAUUCACCAAGGAAAUAGAUGAGGCCCUCAUUAAUGGCGAUAUUGAUAUAGCUGUCCACUCCAUGAAAGACGUCCCAACGUAUCUCCCUGAAAAGACUGUACUGCCUUGCAAUCUUCCUCGGGAGGAUGUUCGGGAUGCUUUCAUUUGCUUGAAUGCCAACUCUCUACCCGAGCUUCCGGCAGGCAGUGUUGUUGGCACGGCUUCUUUGAGAAGGAAGUCACAACUUCUCUAUAGAUAUCCAUCGCUAAAGGUGCUGGAGAAUUUCCGAGGUAAUGUGCAGACAAGGCUAAGAAAACUGAACGAGGGGGUGGUCCAGGCAACACUACUGGCACUAGCAGGUUUGAAGCGCCUAAACAUGACCGAAAAUGUGACUACAGUUCUAUCCAUUGAUGAUAUGCUUCCUGCUGUGGCCCAAGGGGCCAUCGGGAUUGCGUGCAGAUGUGAUGAUGACAAAAUGGCAACUUAUUUGGCAUCCUUGAAUCAUGAGGAUACAAGAUUAGCUGUAGUGUGUGAAAGGGCUUUUCUUGAGAAAUUGGAUGGUUCUUGUCGGACACCGAUUGCUGGGUAUGCCCGUCGAGAUGAGGAUGGGAAUUGUGUUUUUAAAGCACUGGUGGCAUCACCCGAUGGAACCCAAGUGCUUGAAACCUCAAGGAGGGGCCCUUAUGCUUAUGAAGAUAUGAUAAAGAUGGGUGUGGAUGCUGGUGAGGAACUUCUGUCACGAGCUGGUUCUGGUUUCUUUUACAGAUGAGUAGUUGAACUAUAAAUUAACGGGAGAUUCUGAUAUAUUAUGCCCUUCCUAUCCUUUUUGAGAUUUAGCAACUAGUCUGAGUUGUGUUGCCUUUGUUGUUUUGCGAGUUAGGAUUUUUUUUCUUGUGUGUGUGUGCGCGCGUGUGCAUGCCCGCACUCAUUUUUUAAACAUCUUGUAACUUUUGUGCCACGUAUAAUGGUAUGGAAUUUGAUAGAAAUAGAAUAAAUUGGAUAAUAGAAUGAUUAUGAGAAAGAAAUAAAAUAAGUUUUUUUGGCAUGCAAAACGAAUAAGUUUUGAAUGGAG